UUUACAAUGUAAACCACCAAAAGAAGAAAAAAGCAAACGACGGAAGAGACCUUUGGAUUAUCACCACUUCCCAGUAAAUGAUACUCUUUAAAUACGAUCAAACAUGAAUGAAGAGAAGUAUCCGCGAUCAUCUAUUGAGGAUGAUUUUAAUUAUGGCACGAACGUCGCGACUGCGAGUGUGCACAUCCGGAUGGAUUUCCUCCGCAAGGUCUACACCAUCCUUUCACUGCAGAUUAUCAUCACCACUGCUGUAUCUGCCCUUUUCAUGCUCUGCAACCCCAUUAAAACAUUUGUGCACGAAAGUCCCGCUCUGGUGCUGAUAUCUGCAAUCGGGUCCCUUAUCCUGCUGCUUGCAUUGGCUGUGUACCGUCACCAGCACCCCAUCAAUCUUUAUUUGCUGUUUGGAUUUACUCUGCUGGAGUCUCUGUCUGUAGCCACUGCAGUGUCAUUUUAUGAGUACACAAUAGUGCUUCAGGCCUUUGUGCUCACGUCUGCCGUGUUCCUGGGUCUCACUGCCUACACUUUCCAGUCUAAAAGAGACUUCAGCAAACUCGGAGCCAGUCUGUUUGCUGGCCUGUGGAUCUUGAUCAUUGCAAGCUUUUUGAGGCUUUUCUUCUACAAUGACACAAUGGAGUUGGUCUUCGCCGGGGCUGGAGCUCUGCUGUUCUGCGGGUUCAUUAUUUUCGAUACACACUUGCUGAUGCAUAAGCUGUCCCCAGAGGAACACGUUCUGGCAUCCAUCAAUCUGUACCUGGACAUAGUCAACCUGUUCCUGUACAUCCUGCGCAUUCUCGACUCCAUGAAGAAACACUGAAUGUUGUGACGCUCUUCUUCGAUUUCAGAGGUGAAUUCUGGGUGCAGUGCUGGGAGUGGUAUAAUAAUAUUAUAUUUUGAUUUUCUUUAACUUAUAGUUUGGCACUGUUUGAACUAAUCGAAUUAUAAUGUAUUGUUAAUUAGAAUCCAAAUUAAGAAAAAAACAAAACAAUAUUGUGAAUCAUGGUGUGAAAUAUUUAUAUGUGAUAAAAAAAUCUUUAAAAAUACAUAUGUUUUGCAAUGUUCAGAAUUAUUGGAGUGUGUGUGCUAUAUACUAUGUCUAUUUGGGCAUUAAGAGCAAACUCCUGAUUUUGGUUCAUUAUUGGCAUUAGUUGAGUUGAUGAUCCUCAUGACAUUUGCAUACCAGGUGUGAACGUUCAACUUGCAAAGUGGUAAUUGUAAUUUAAUGGCCAAAUGUGAAUGUUUCAAACAUGAUUGUACAACUUAACUUGGUGUUGUUGAUUGGAUUCCUCUAUUUUUGAAUGUAGUGUGAAAUUUUGAAUAUUUAUUUAGGUGUUGUAAAUCAGUGUUAUAGUGAUAAUUCACCCAAAAAAUGAAGAUUCUGUCAUCAUUUACUUACCCUCAAAUUGGUAACCAGACACCCAUUGACUUCCAUUAUAUUUGGAACAAUUUGAUGGUGAGUGAAUUUUCAUUUUUGGGUGAACUAUCCCUUUAAUGGUUUGGGAACCAAUGUUACGAGAAGCCUGCAAUAUUUAGUUUAGUUUGGAUGUGUUAAUGGAAUGUUUAUGAUUUUAAAGUAACUAGACACUUUUACUUAAAAGGCCCGAAUUACAUUAUAAGAGCUGCAAAGAAACCAAAACAUCUUGAAAAUAAUAUAUAUUUUUUUUAUUUGCAGCAGUCUUUGGUGUAACAAUAUACUAUUCACUAAAUAAACAUGAUUUUAAAGCAGCAUGCAGUCAGUUUCAAAAGCAUCAAUAAAUAUAAAACAUUAUUCAGGGAUCUCUGUAUGCCUGUACCCAAAGUGCAAUAUUAGUCAUAAUAAAACAUAAUAAUAUGUAUAAUAAUAGAGAGAAAUAUUGCUCUUGAUUUAUUUUUAAAAGGGCAAAAUUGUCACAUGAAAAAAAAAAACUGAGAUUGAUUAUAAUUUAAUGUUCUUUGGUGUUGUAAUUAAAAAAUAAAAUAUUUUACCCUG